CCGCCGCCCGGGAAGCCGCGGCCCGGGCAGCCCCGUCCCCGCCCGCCGCCGGCCCUGAGUCACCGGCCGGGCGGGGGUGGAAGUAACGGACGGGGGGCGCCGGGCGCGCUCCUCGCCUUAUUUAGUCAAGGAGGCCGCCGAUUGGCCGGCGGAACAAAGGGGCGGUGGCGGGCGGCCGGGGCGGGAGCGGAGGGGGCAGCGGCUGGCCCCCGCCCCCACCCCCGGCCGCCCGCGACCCCACAGCUCCGCUGCCGGCGCGGCCCCGAGGAUGGGGGUGGGGCUACCCGUGCCCGCGCCCCCCCCCCCCAGGUCCGGCGGCUGCAGGGGGUGCGGGGGAUGCGGGGCUGGGUCGCCUCCCGGCGGGGGAGGAGGGGAGUGACGGCCCUUCUGGGAAGCACCGCCGGGAGCCGGGAGUACGUGGACGCGGAGGAGCCCUGCCCCAGUUCAGUGCUGGCUUUGGGCGAUUUAUUGUGACUUUGCUGCAUUUCAUUUUAUCUUCCAUGCGUUUAAUGGCUGAGGAAAUAGCGGGACGGGGAGGUGGGGUCACCUUGCAGGUAACUGUGGUGGGGCUGAGACUUAGCUCGAGGCCUUGCCUCCGGGUCCUGGGCACUGCCUGGCAACCCCACGUCGCUGUCAUCUCCCUGCUCUCUUCAGGGAUGGUCCCCAGGACUUAUGCACUUGGUAGCGUGGCCACCAGCCCACCUGCACCCCCUACUCACCCUGCUAGCCUCCUACCUCUAGCCACCUCCCAACUAGUCAUUACUUGUCAGGCACACAGGGCAGGUGACUUGGUGAUGGGUCGGCGCCCCCAGCCUUUGGCCUGGCCAUUCCCACCUGCGAGGAAUGCCUUGCCUUCUCCAUGCAAAUGCGACGUGGGAUCCUGGUUUGGAUCCUGGGACACAAAAAAAGAAGGCAGCGGAAGAGGCAGUGAAAUCUGAGUAAAGUCUGGAGUUUAACACCAAGUGCCAAAGUUCCUCGCGGUGACAGCUGAACCACGCCUGUGUAAGUUGUUACCUUAAGAGAAACUGAGUGGGGAGGCUACAGCAAAGCUCACGCGAUCUUUGCUACUUUUCUGUAAAUCUAACAUUAUAAUAAAAACUUCAUUUUAGAACAUCUAUGGAAAAGCAAAGUUUCCCUACCCGUAGGUCCCUGUCUGGUUCUCCCAGGCCUGUGGACAGAUCAAAGGCAGGAUGAUUCUUCUUCUGCUUGUGUCUGCAGGGCGCUGGGCAGUCUCCCGUGGAGAGGGGGGCAGGCUUGGGCGGCUAUGUCUGUCUGUCUGUCUGUCGGGAACAGUGGUCUUGAGGGCUGCCGAGGUAGACAAGGCCAAGUUCCUGCUGGCGUGGCCUGCUUGCGUCUGAGUUUCAACUCCAAGGGCAAGGUCAGGGCCACAUACUUCUGGCCUCGUGCCCAGUGGGGGCCGUUCUGAGGGCACCGUGUCUGCUGCGGCACACCUGGAAGCUGGGGCUCCAGAUCCUCUCCCUGCAGAGCCUUCUGGUGGCUGGCCAUUUGGUCAUGUGCACUGCUGUGCGGGAGCCAGGCGCCGCCAGCUUAUCACCGCCGCUCGUCCUGCAGCCGGAAGCUGUGAACCAGGCCUCUGCAUGUGCCUGGGGAGGUGCCCUGAAACCAUACCGUUUUGCAGGUGGGGAAAACAGGAUUGCAGGGUACGCUCCCCACACGCAGUGUGGAGAGACAGGUGUACAGAGACAGCCAGGCCAAGAGUCCCUGGGCCCCUCCCUCCUUAACCUUACCCACUGCUCCAGCAGAGGAGGGUUCCAGGCAUUUCAAAGAUGGGUGGGCCCCCGUGGAGUUUAUCAGAGCUUCUGUCUCCCCAUCCUGAUGCAGCAGGAGCCAAGGAGGCCCCGGGAAGAGCACUGGGCGAGGAGUCAGGACCUGGGUUCUGGGCCAGGCUCAGCCUGUGCCAGCUGUGACCUCCCACUGCCCCCUUCUGUAAAGAAGUGGGCUAGUCGUGCAGCCCAUCAGAGGCUCUGAGGCUGGCGGCCCUCUUGCGCUAGACGACAGGUCUAGGGACUGGAGGCCACUGGGAGGUGAAUCUUCCCUCCGCCCCAGGCCUCACUGCAGUUUUCUCAGCCUCGGGCUUUGAUGUCUCGGUGUUCGAGUUUUGGUUAAGAAACACUCAGGCGGCGCCUCUGUGUAUCAGACCCAAGAUUCCUGGGAGCAGCGGCCUUUGAUGGAGCAGCUGGCUCCUGGCUCUGCUUCUGAGGGCACUCUUCCAGGUCUCACUUCCUGGGCCUCAGCAGGUAGAGUGACAGCGCUCCCUAUACCACAGGGUGGGGGUGCGGGGCCCGAUACCGUGGCCCAGCAGUGGUCCGUCUGCUGCCCGUCACCUUUGCCAAGAAAAAUUAUGUCGUGGACUCACUGUGAGCCCGCCUCACAGCUGCCUCCCCAAGAGAUCACCGCUCGGUCUCUGCACGGCCCUUACUCUCCGGGAGCUGCACCCACAGAUUGCGGCGGGACCCCGAGGAUUCAACCCAGGAGUCCGGGCCUCCGGCUGCUUCGCAACAGCCCCGCCUCCGCUCGCAGCUCAAGCCAGACACCAGGUGCCCGCCAGCGACGGCACAUCCGUACGCCCCUGACCUGCCGUGCUGUCUGUCCAGCCGGGCUGCCCGCCUCCUGCUUCCACGGGAUCCAUGUUGCAAAUCAGCUCGCUCUGCUCCCCGGGCCUGCCACUGCCUCGAGACAGAGCCUGAGCCCUUACCCUUGUUUUGGAAGCUCUCUGGUGGCCCUGCCUGACCCCCCCCCCCCAACCCCUCACCUACUGCCUCUCUUGUUCACUGCCCUCCAACCUCAGUUGCUGGCUGGCUCUUCCUCUACAAGUUCUUCUGGUUGGCCGCCACUGCCCUGCAGGCCCCCAGACCUUGCCCUGGCCUCAGGUCCAGUCCCCCACCUCCUCCCUGAAUACUGGUUAUUCAUUGUUUGUCUGCCCCCACCCUCUGCCCCAGAGUUUCCCCGGGGAACAAUGGUGAAACUGGUGUCCCCUGCGACCGGAAUAACGCCUGGCACCUUUGUGGCUGCAGGACGCCUGAACGGAGUCAGAAAGAAUGAAGACGGAGCAGCCCCGGAGGGACCGUCACAGGGGGGCUGGGCGAGCUGUCUGUCCCCUACCCUGACUCCUGGAUAUGGCUCUAGGGCUGAGAGGGAAGGGUCGGCCUACCCCGGCUGGUAGGCUCGCAGGGCUGCAGGGGGCAGUGCUGAGGUGGUGGGGUAGGGCACCGAGAAAAGUGCGGGCUCACCCGCACCUCCCGCUCUGGCCCCGGCCUGUGGGGAACGCGCCCGGCCGGCCGAGCUCUCCCGACUGGGCCAGGGCCCCGCGCGGCAGGUGUCCCUAACGGCGGAGGCGGAGGGCAUGGAGGCGAUCAGGGCGGGACACCGGCAGGAGGCGGCUGCCCUGGGCGCCCCGUCCUCCCCGCCACUGUCGCGAGGGCUGCAGGGGGCGUGGACAGAGUGGGCCAGGCUAGGGUCGAGCCAGGGCUCCGGACCGGUCACCCGACCGCUUGUUGCGCCCUCGCUCCUCCGCCCAGACUUCCCGGGAAGGCUGCGCGGCGCGCGGGGGCCUGGCCGGCGAGGCGCGGGCGUGGCCCCGCCAGGCCCCGCCCACCCUCCUGGGGCUGGGUAUCGGGCGGGGCGGGAUGGGGGGCGAGGGCCCAACGCUUAGGGGGAGCCGAGGAACCCCCCCCCCCCGGUGGGUGGCGCCGCGUGUCGUUAUGGACAGGGUGCGGUGCCCGGCCACGAGACCACAAAUUCUCGCGCGCCCCUCCCCGCGCCUGGGCCCGGCCUCGCCUCCGGGAGCCGAGUCCCCGCGCCCUUGGGGGAC